AUGGGUGCAGCGCUUGUUUUCAUGUCUAUUGAGCUGCUUAAUCUUCUUUUUCUUCUUCUUCUCCCUCUCAUGGUGCACCAUGCAGUUGCUGCAGGGUCCAAGCCCCUUGAUCCAAUUCAAGGUUUUGUUGAAGUGCCCCUGAGCAACUCUAACUUUCACAACCUUAAACCCUAUGAUUUGCCGGCAAGCAAGCGAUACAGCUUCAAGAAUGGUGUUCACGACUUUUGGGUUUAUUCGACCGAUAACCCUCUCGCAAAUGGCAGUCCAACCCACCCUCGUUCUGAGCUCCGCAUUGAAGGAUAUUAUUAUAAUACUGGUGUUUGGCAAUUCGAAGGGUAUGCUUAUGUACCAUCGGGGACAUCGGGCGUGUGCAUCAUGCAAGUAUUCGGAGCAAAAACCCAUGCCACAACCCUAAUGCUUAAAGUCAACAAUGGUACACUUACGUACUACUUGAGCAAUGUCCUAGAAGAAAAUAUAUAUGACAGGUGGUUUCGGGUAAAUGUAAUUCACGAUGCGGAUACUGCAGUGACAAGGACUUUCAUUGAUGGGAUUCUCAGGCAUGAAGCUCCUCACCGCCAAAACGCCACUCAUCAUUUUCAAUUCGGGGUUUAUCAACAAGAAAAUGCUUCCUUCUAUGCAAAGUCUCGUUGGAAAGGAAUUAGAAUUCUAAAAAGACCCGAUGAGGACGAUGAUAAUUCUCAAAAAGUAGCUUCCAAGAAGAAUAAUACUUCUAGGAAAUUUUUGUAA